UCUUCUCCUAAAACAGGUUCUCAUCUCCGCCCGGAGGGAGCCAAAUUUUGGGGAACCGGUUUCUGCACUGUUUGUUUUUCUUUUUAGGCGUUAAAAGAUGUUGCAUUUUGCUUUUGCAGUCUCCUAAUCUACUUUCCCCCCCUACAAUAUCAGCAACAUCCUGCAUCUGCCAUCGCCCUGGAAACCACCAGACCUCUCCAUCAUUGCCCUGCGCUUCAUCUCAGCAGGCAGCCUCCGACAGGAUUCAAACCAAGUGGAAGCAAUUUGUUUUCUUCACGAGUGGCGCUUCAAAAUUAUUAUUUUUAUUUUUUAUUCCUUCAAAACAAAAACUCGUAAGGUUCAUGUGUCGGAGAAGUCUUUUCUCCCAGCACCAAAAUGCCUGUGAGACGCGGUCAUGUUGCGCUCCAGAACACCUACCUGGACACCAUCAUCAGGAAAUUCGACGAGCAAAAUCGCAAGUUCCUGAUCGCCAACGCCCAGAUAAAGAACUGUGGCAUCAUCUACUGCAACGAAGGCUUCUGCCAGAUGUUUGGUUUUGCCAGGGCGGAGAUCAUGCAGCAGCCCUGUACCUGCCAAUUCCUGGUUGGGCCCGGCACCAUGAAGAGCGCCCUGGCCCAGCUGGCGCAGGCCCUGCUCGGCUCCGAGGAGCGCAAGGUGGAGAUCCUCUACUACGAUAAGGAAGGGACCUGCAGGCCAUGCCUGGUGGACAUUGUCCCCGUAAAAAACGAGGAAGGCACUGUCAUCAUGUUCAUCCUCGACUUCCAGGAGCUGAUUGAUCCUUCUCUCAAGAAGUCAGGCCUCAGACACAGAGUCGCCCAAGGACUCAUUUACUGUCAGAACCGCAGGUUGAAGAUGAGGCUACCGGUGCUGCGCUCCAUGCGACGACCUUCACUUUCCAAAGAUCAGUUUGAAGGAGUGGUGGUGGACUACCUACAGCCAAACAGCGAGGAAGUCCCCCUCAAAGAGUUUCGAAUCCCAUCCAAGGAGAGCUGCAUGCAGUCUGAGACAGAAGCGCUGAUAGAGCAGGACCUGGAUCCUCCCUCCCAUGCAGCCCAGUCCUCCACCAAGCGGCGCUCCCUGCUGACAGACCGCCUUGACCCCAACAACGCCUUCUCAAGAGCAGUGUUACCUCGGAGUUGUUCCCGGGACAGCAUCCGCAGCCUCCGGCGCGCCUCGUCACUGGACGACAUUGACGGCAUGAGAGCAGACUGGAGCAGUCGACCUGGAGACCCCCGAACCAACAGCAAUCUGAAGCCCAGUGCUCUGAACUCCACGUCCGACUCGGACCUGAUGAGACAUCGGACCAUCGGCCGCAUCCCUCAGGUUACUCUCACCUUCAGCUCAGACCGGAUGAGACCUCCUUCGCCCACCGAGAUCGAAAUCAUCGCACCCAGCAAGAUUAAAGACCGGACACAGAAUGUCACAGAGAAGGUCACUCACGUCACUCAGGUGUUGUCUCUCGGUGCUGAUGUGCUGCCAGAGUACAAGCUGCAGGCCCCACGGAUCCACAAAUGGACCAUCCUUCACUACAGCCCCUUCAAAGCGGUGUGGGACUGGGUCAUCCUGCUGCUGGUCAUCUACACCGCCAUCUUCACUCCGUACUCGGCCGCCUUCCUUCUCAACGAAGUCGAGGAAGAGCGGAGGAGAACCUGCGGCUAUACCUGCAACCCACUCAACGUGGUGGACCUGGUGGUGGACGUCAUGUUCAUCGUGGACAUCCUCAUCAACUUCAGGACCACCUACGUCAACCACAACGACGAGGUGGUCAGUCACCCGGGACGCAUCGCACAGCACUACUUCAAGGGCUGGUUCCUCAUCGACAUUGUGGCUGCCAUCCCCUUUGAUCUGCUUAUAUUCCGCUCUGGGUCUGAAGAGCCUCAGACAACCACUCUGAUUGGAUUACUGAAAACAGCCAGACUGCUGAGGUUGGUACGAGUGGCCAGGAAGUUGGACCGUUACUCAGAAUACGGAGCUGCAGUUCUUUUCCUCCUCAUGUGCACCUUUGCACUCAUCGCUCAUUGGCUGGCGUGUAUCUGGUACGCCAUUGGCAACGUGGAGCGCACGGGUCCCGCCCGCAUAGGAGGCAUGAAGAUCGGCUGGCUGGACAACCUGGCGGACCAGAUCGGGAAACAGUACAAUGACAGUGAUGCGGCCUCGGGCCCCUCCAUCAAGGACAAGUAUGUUACAGCGCUAUACUUCACCUUCAGCAGCCUGACCAGCGUGGGCUUCGGAAACGUCUCACCCAACACCAACCCAGAGAAGAUCUUCUCCAUCUGUGUUAUGCUCAUUGGCUCUUUGAUGUACGCCAGUAUCUUUGGUAAUGUGUCGGCCAUCAUUCAGAGACUGUACUCAGGCACGGCCCGUUACCACACCCAGAUGCUGCGGGUCAAAGAGUUCAUCCGUUUCCACCAGAUCCCAGGAGGCCUGAGACAGAGGCUGGAGGAGUACUUCCAACAUGCCUGGUCCUACACCAAUGGCAUCGACAUGAACGCUGUUUUAAAGGGUUUCCCGGAGUGUCUGCAGGCUGACAUCUGCCUCCAUUUGAACCGCAGCUUGCUCCAGAACUGCAAAGCUUUCCGAGGUGCCAACAAAGGCUGCCUGCGGGCUCUGGCCAUGCGGUUCAAGACCACCCACGCCCCACCAGGUGACACGCUGGUCCACUGUGGGGACAUUCUCUCCGCUCUCUACUUCAUUUCCAGAGGCUCCAUAGAGAUCCUCAGGGACGAUGUGGUGGUGGCCAUACUAGGAAAGAACGAUAUCUUUGGUGAGCCCAUCAGUCUGUACGGGAGGCCGGGUAAAUCCAGCGCUGACGUCAGGGCUUUGACCUACUGCGACCUUCAUAAGAUCCAGAGAGACGACCUGCUGGAGGUGCUGGACAUGUAUCCCGACUUUGCCGACAUGUUCUGGAACAACUUGGAGAUCACCUUCAACCUGAGAGAUGCAGAUAGAAUACACCAGCCAACACCGGGCAGGGACUCUGAAUGUGGCUACCGCCGGACAAGGCAUCGCAGAGACUCCCUGCGACGCCGGAACCGACCAGACGGUAUGGACCGUGAAGACUCAUACCCCGAUCAGUCCUGUCCGAUGGCGAACCACCACCAGGGCACGAUGGCAGGGUCCCACUGGGAGGACCUUUGCAGCAGUGGCAGCAUCUGUUCACAGUCUAGUGAUGAGGAGAUGAAGCCCCUUAGACACAGCAAGGGGGAGCUGUACCCCACAGGGGGGGACACCAGAGACUACCCCCCGGCAGUGGUCAACCUGCUGCCUCACAGUGGACCUUCAGCUGGGAUGGGGCCGCCUGUAGACCUCGGAGGACCACCAUACUCAGCAGCAGCCCCCAUCAGCAUGUCAGGCCUGUAUGGCUACUGGCCGGAUCGCAGAGCAAGCCAGUUCUCAGAGAGCCAGAGACGAGCGUCCUCGGUCAGGGCCAGUUUCCACCCUCCGCCCUGUGCUGAGGACCGGCCCAGUGAGUUGGAGUCCAGGCUGGAACUGCUGCAGUCCCAGUUAAACCGACUGGAGACCCGAAUGACAGCAGACAUCAACGUGAUCCUGCAGCUCCUCCAGAGGCAGAUGGCCCCGGUACCUCCAGCCUACAGCGCUGUGUCCCCCAGCCCUCACCCGCCUCACCCCACCACCCUGUACAGCACUGGAGCACCCACAAUCCACACCAUCCCUCCAAUCCAGCCUGUACAGAUUGACAACACUGCCUCACUCAUACAGAGUCCAGACUCUGACUUCAACCACAAAUCCAAGGACUCUCUGUCCAGCGGUAUCCAUCUCACUGUGGCCUCUGAUGACACCAUGUCCAUGUCGCCGGAGGCCGAGCCAACUCUCCUGCCCUCUGUGGACAUCACCCCUCCUCAACCGUCAGGGGCCCUCGAGCCUCCUGGACUGCUUUGUGUCAGCCAGCGCUUCCCCUCGCUCCCUGAGCACCUGGAGACCUCCACAGAGAUGCAAGAGAUCCAGAGGCACGUUUCUGACCCGGUCCUGCCAGGGAGCUAGAAAAAACCUGGUGCUCUAAACGGGACAGCUGUUUGUCCCCCUCUCUGUCCUCUCUCCUCCCUUCAGACCUCCUCUGUCCUGCUCAGACGCUGCUGUUGAGCGUGGGACGCCUUGCCUGCCACGUCACUGAGGGUUCAGAAUGCCUCCUUUUUUCUUACAUCCGGACUCCACUGCGCCCCCCACAGGCUGCUUCUGGUCCCGUCACACCCGGGGUCCUGUGCAAUGAAGAGAUUAUGAAACAGUUGACAAUAAACUCAUAAAAACAUAUACAAGUAAUGCAGUUGCUGGAUCUGAAAGCUACACAAACUGGAUCCAAGAGAAAGGUGUCGAGGACUACUAAUAAUAUGUCUCACAUGUGAAGAAUUAUCUGUUUGUAUAAGAGUUGCACAUUUAGACUUGAGCGUAGAAAAAUGUAAUCAUUUAUUUGGAAUUUAUUUUCCUAAUGUUAGAGAUGCGUCGGUCACACAGAGCGAUGCGUCUAGUAAAUGUAAUAAACUAUGAGUGUUUUAAGUUACUGUAGAGACUCACAACUUUUGUUAUUUUGGUAUAUGUUGGUAAAAAAUAUCAAAAGGAAAACUGUAGCUGUCUGGCACACUGUGAAGGAUGAUAGGUUCAAGGGAAAGUGUCAUUUUCAUCUCAUAUUGAAUGUUCAUGGAUCGACAGCGUGUUGUUUGAUCAUGAGAAGGUAUUACAAUGAAAAAUAUACAUCGUUUUUUUUGUACAUUUACACGACAUAGCUCUCACAGUUUGGAUCAUGAAUACCCCUCUCUCUGUGUCUGUAUAUCUGCUCUGUUCUGUUCUGUUUUUUAUGACCACAUGGUAUCAUAACGUACCUGAUGUGUUAAUCUGAAAGUGCCAACAUUAGAGGACUUGUUCUCUCGACCCUGAUACUCAAACAGGUAAAGGAAAAAACUGCAAAAGGGUUUUUUUCCCGUUUGACUGAGAAACACAGAGACGUGGCUUCAGGGCAUCUUUUAUUCAGAUGACUUCACAGUUCCAGUCACAAGGUGAAUGUAAGGACUUUUUAAGCAUUUAUAAUUCUGUAUAAUGAUUCUUGAAAGCACAUACUCCUGUUAUUUAUCUUUUUUUAGAUUAAAGACACACCCCAGCGUUACAGUGGGAGUCUGAAAUGCUUUUUAUUUUGCAGAACAAAGCACUGGCAUACACGCUGCAUCGCCACUUUAUUUAUUAGAUCAGACUGAAGGUAUUUAAUGAGGAUUCACUCAAGUACUGUACUGAGCUGUUUAAACAUUAUGCUGCUUUAUACUUUUCCUUACUACACUUAUAUUUCGAAAUAUUGUACUUCUUACCACAAUAUAUUUAUGUAACAGUUGCUGAAUACUUUGUAGAUUGAGAUUUUUUAGAAAAUCUGUUAUUUCAGGCACUGGACGUAAAAAUUCAGCAAAUGUACUUUGAAUAUUUGUCCCAUAUAUUGUCUCACACUUAGCACAUUUUGCUCACAUCUGAAACAGAAAU